AAUUUCCUGUAUUGUGGUUCCUGGAACACGUUAGAAGCUUGUGAUUUUACUGCUUCUUAUUCGUACUGUAGUACAUGGCUCAUCAAUAGAUAAUUCCAAAACAUCAUUUAAAUACACAAUUUUUCAUUCUAUUUUUUUUUUUUGCUAAAUUCCUUCAUACUCAACUUUCAGAGUCUUUCAACUCCAGCUCAGCUCCAACAUUUCAACGCUGUUCUUUCUAAACAAGUACACGUCGUGCCUUCUCUACAUCGCUCUUGGAACAUAACUUCUCAUGGCAGUGUUUAAGGCCACUUUCUGGAGGCUGAUUUCUGGGACCUUAGGGAUAAUAUGCCUUUCGUUGAUGGCUACACUGGGAAUUUUACUAAAAAAUUCUUUUACUAAACUGAAUAUUGAGUCAGCAUUUACUCCAGGACCCAACAUAGAACUCCAGAAAGACUCUGACUGCUGUUCUUGCCAGGAAAAAUGGAUUGGUUAUCGAUGCAACUGUUACUUCAUUUCCAGUGAAUCUAAAACUUGGAAUGAAAGUAGGCAUCUCUGUGCUUCUCAGAAAUCCAGUCUUCUUCAGCUUCAAAGCAGAGAUGAACUGGCAUGUACUAAGUCUGAUUUUCUAUUUCUUCUUCAUUACAGAUUUCCACUGUUUGAAACUUCUAAUCGAAAGAACUGCAUAGCAUAUAAUCCAAAGGGAAAUGCUGUAGAUGAACCAUGUGAAAUUAAAAAUCGUUUUAUCUGUAAGCAACAGGUCAUUUAAAUGUUUCUUGGGGCAGAGAAGGUGGAGAGUAGAGACCCAACAUUACUAAUAAUGAUACAUUCACCUGUUAUAUUAUUACUUAUUGUCUACUUCUAGAAUCUAUAAAUGUUUCAAAUAGUGUCUUAGACAGUUGUCAUAUAUGUGAAACAAUGUGUUUUACAAUUGAUGAAAUUUGUACAUCUACAUUUGAAAUUAUAAAGUUAAUAUAAAGAAUUUUGUAUUUUGAUUUGAUGUAUAUAUUUAAUGUUAAAUUUGAUGUCGUUUUAUUGCAGAUUUAUGUAACUUUAUCUACAUUCUUGCUAAUUCU